GAUGUCCUUUGAAGUGAAGAAGAAUGAGAAAGCAGAAGAUAACUACAUAGUCAAGGAAGAACUUGGCAAGGGUAAAUUUGGCAUCGUCUACCGAUGUGAGGAGAAGUCUACCGGUAAGACAUGGGCGGCCAAGUACGUGAAGACGAUCAGGGCGAAAGACAGAGAGGCCGUCCAACGGGAGAUCGACCUCAUGGCCGAACUCGAACAUCCUUCUCUGAUGGCCCUCAUCGAUGCUUACCAAUCAUCCAGACAAACUGUCAUGAUUCUUGAAUGCAUUACUGGAGGAGAGUUAUUCGAGAGGAUUGUGGACGAUAAGUUUGACCUCACAGAGAGCGAGGUCAUCAGCUACAUGAGACAGAUCUGCGCAGGCGUACAACACAUGCACCACAAUAACAUCAUGCAUCUUGAUCUAAAACCCGAGAAUAUCAUGUGUGUGAACCGAACGGGCUUUCAACUAAAGAUAAUCGAUUUUGGAUUGGCUAGGAAGUAUGAACCGAACAACGACCUCAAGGUUUUGUGUGGAACGCCGGAGUUUGUUGCCCCGGAAGUAAUCAGCUUCGACGCUAUCACCCCACUGACAGACAUGUGGAGUGUUGGGGUCAUCUGUUAUGUUCUACUGAGCGGACUGUCACCGUUCCUUGGAGACUCGGAUACAGAGACACUGAACAACGUCACAGUGGGCGAGUGGGACUUUGAAGACGAGGCAUUUGAUGGCAUCUCCAACGGGGCAAAAGAGUUUAUCUCCAGCUUACUGGUCAAAGAUCAAAGAGAUCGUAUGAGUGUUGAUGAAUGCUUCAGACACGCCUGGUUAAGUGAAAUCAGUACACGGACCAAAGCCUGCGAGACCAAACUAUCCACUGCAAGACUCAAGAAAUUUUUAGCAAGAAGACGCUGGCAGAGGACGGCAAAUGCAGUUCGCGCCAUCGGGCGUAUGAAUGCUCUUCGCUUGGUUUCUCAACGGAGAGCAAGCAAAUCGAACGGUAGUCCAUCAAGCGAGAAGACCCCAACAUCACCACCUCCAUCAAGUAGCAGUAUCAGCUCUCCCGUGGAGCAGCCUACGGAUGGGCAGGGCAGUGAGCGUACCCCUAACGCCGAAUUGAAGAGAAAAGAAAAGGCAGAGAUCGAUAAAAGUAUUGAUCAGGAAAGUAGUGCAACCAAUACCAGUACAGUGCCUUCUAUUGAAGUAGAGACUCCGGUGAAUACACAGAGUAAUAGGGAUAGUUAUGUGAAACCUGAAACGAAUGGUAGAGCCUUGUCCUUUACUUUAGACUCGGACGUGGAAAACGACAGUGGUCUUGAUCUGUCCUUGGAUCAGAACGCUCUAGGAAAGCGCAGCGCGAGAUCAUCCCAGAAUUCAUUCAGCGAAGGAAGGGACGAACUGCCCGGUGACUUGAGUCUUAAAACCGACGGUGUUAAUGAUAAUACACGUGAUCAGAGUGUAAGCCUUGAUAAGGAUGGUCAGCAGCGUAAUUCCGUGAUCGACACUAAUUCCGUGACAUCAUCCUCGGCUGAUAAGAGUGAUAUCAGCCUGUUGUCUGAUGCGAGUGAAGAUACCAGCGAUCCCGGAGUAAACAUGGACCGAUACCUCUACGAUCCCAACAAGGGGGUGAAGAAUCAGGCUGCAAGGUGGGAGGUGCGAACCAAUAGUCCAGACAGGAAGUCCACCAAGAACAAAACAGGUGGUGGUGGUGGUGGUGGUGGACAGUCACCCCCGCAGCAAGCACCGGUCUUCAGGCAGAAGUUCCGACACUGUGAGGUGAUCGCAGGAUCAGUGGCAUGCUUCGAAUGCUGUGUGGAUGGCAACCCUAGCCCUGAUAUCAUCUGGUAUAAGAACGGUAAGAGAGUCCAGGAGAACGAGAGGUACAGGAUCAUGAAGGGCGGUGAGGAUAUCCAUUCUCUGGUGGUCAAGGAUGUCACCAAGGAUGACCAAGGCACCUACAUGUGUGAAGCAAGAAGCCCGGCUGGAAAGGCUCGCUGUAGCGCCAGACUAGUGGUACAGCAACAUCCAGUGUCUAAUAACCACGAAGAUAAAAGUUCAACGUCUGAAAGCAAAGAGUCACCACCUGCACGACAGAACAGCACAGGCCGCAAAUUCUGGCAGUUCAAUUCGAGCAAAAAUAAGGAUCCGAGAGGGGACAAAUUGGCAACGCCAUCCAAGUCUUCUGCGCCCACAGCCAGCAAACAAUCAUUCUUCAGUCUCUCACUUGAUCGGAGAGGAUCGUCACGCACGGAGGCUGAACCCCGCCAGCAGCGAGACACUCGCUCUUCUACGGUAUCUCCACCACGGACAAGCAAAUCUGCUGUCGAUAAAUUGAAAGAAAGAGCCGAUGCAUUUACCAAACAAUACGAAAGGAAAAAAGAGGAAAGGCAGUCGUUAGCCGACCGUGCUCCUCGUCGACAAUCUGCAAAUAUAUCGGCAUAUCUACAACGAUACACUCGAAGCGCAUCCGCGGAUAGAAGCAGUAGUUUUAGCAUCGGGAGCACCUCAACGAGUAGGAGGGGGAGUAGUGCUUCAUCAACGGACGAACCCGACCUCGCACCUUAUUCACGACCACGGCUAGCAACUUACGCGACGAUGAUUCGGUCGACGCAAAGCAUCGGCGCACUCACCGCCAAAUUUGAGAAAAGCAAGGCAAAUGGAACCGAUGCACCAUCGAAAGGAACUUCAUCAACAUUACCGAGGAAAGAUCUUAAGUAUAAUGCAAAUUUGGAUGCCAAAAAGGCACUUUUUAGUAGCUCUAGCAAUGGAACAACAAAUUCUUCACCGAUCAAAAGUAAGACAAAAGAUCCUGUCUCAAUCGUCCCACGGACAGCAAUUACAGCACCACCCUCGACAUCAUCGUUAAGAUCGAAAUUUGAGACGAAGUCAAAUGGUGAUAAAGAUGGUUCUUUCACCCGCUCAAUACCGGGUCGUCAAUCAACAGGUAGGCACUCAUAUCUAGAUAAAAUAGACACUAAAGAUAGAGACAUAUCACCUUCCUCGUCGUCAUCGUCUUCGUUAUCGUUUAAUAGAUCAACAGCGGCCCGACAUUCAACGAUUGGAGUCAUGAAAUCCUCAUCGACAGACAAUAAACACGACUUCAGGAAUAGUGUGAAUGCAACGCGGCAAGAACCAGCUCGCCCUGUUUCGACGUUUACAUCACCCACCAAGACUUCAUCAGUAUCAUCGCCAGUAUCAUCCACCAAUCAAAAAACAUACGUUUCCCGUUACGAAACUGUCAUCAAUUCAGACUCUGAGUCUUCCAUCUGCUCCACCACUUCCUCGUCGACCUCCGAGAAGAAGUCACGAUCAACGCCUUCGUCGUCGAUCUCGUCACGGUACGAGAUGAGAUCGCCCGUCGUCGAAAAACCGCCGUCAUUCAUCAAGAAACCUCAAAAGCUGUCAGCGUCGGAAGGCGAAUCGGCGACCUUGUCGUGCAUGGUAGAAGGCGAACCAAAACCGGAGGUCACGUGGUCAUUUAGGGGGAAGCCCCUAUCGGAUGAAGGUCGAGUUGAAAUCUACGAGGAGAAGGGUACAUGUUAUCUUGAGAUCUUUGAUUUGGUUACACGUGAUGCUGGACUUUAUACCUGUCGGAUAGUCAACUCAGCUGGACGAUCAUCAGCCCUUGUUGAACUCGUCGUCAAUGCCAAGCCGAAGAGACCUCCCUUCUUCCUUCAGAAGUUGUCCGACUGCGAGGUCCACGAGGCCGGUGCUAACGGCCGGCUUCAGUGCAAGCUGGACGGUGCCCCUGCCCCCGAGACCAGCUGGCUCAAGGAAGGCAAAGCCCUUCAGGAGAGUGACCGCGUGCACUUUACCCAGAGUGCCAACGGUAUCCAUGCACUCAUCAUUGAUGACGUCACUGAAGAUGAUGAUGCCAUCUAUACCUGCAUUGCUAAGAACAAGCACGGUCAGGUGUCCAGCUCUGCUGAGCUUAUUGUAGAAAUCGACCUUCCGUCAAAGAGUGAAGUAGACGGUUUGAUAGACGGAUCUCUUCAUAUAGACGUGGAUGAUAUACAACCAAGCUCUGUGACCGAGACGCCACCCAUCGCUGUAUCCUCACCCGCUGCAACUAAGCCAACAGUAUCCGCCCCUCAAUUCUUGGACAGACCCAGCUCGGUGACAGCAGACCAAGGCAAAUCCGCACGAUUCAGCUGCUCAGUUUCGGGAUUUCCCCUUCCCGUAGUCACGUGGGCCAAGGAUGAGAAAAUCCUGGAGGAUGAAGGAAGAUUUGAGAUCUAUGAUGAGGGUAGAGAGUUUAUCAUGGAGAUCUUUGAUCUUCAGCCAACGGAUGAGGGGUUGUAUACGGUCACUGCCGAGAACUCUGCAGGCAAAGCGGCGACUGGGGCAGAGCUUACCGUCAACAGGACAAAAACGGCUAUUGAGCAGCCUCCUCCUCCAGCUCCUUACACGAACUCAUUGUCUUAUUCGGAUGUCCGUCAUGACGAGGCAGCAUCUUCAGAAGACGUCCCGUCACUCAAGUCAGAACAACUCAUCCCAGAACCCAUCGCCACCAAUCCUACAGCCUUUCAGCCACCGUCUAGGAUACCGCCAGAGUUCCUGGCCCUACCAACCCAGAGGACAAUUACUGAACCCAACUCUGCCAAGUUCAACUGCCGCGUGGUGGGUGAUCCCAAGCCCACAGUUACGUGGAGUCGUAACAAUGUUGUCCUGAGUGAUUCGGGGCGGUAUGAGAUCUAUGAGGAAAAGGAUGAGUUCAUUCUGGAGAUCUUUGAUACGACCACUGAGGAUUCUGGUGUGUAUGUCUGCACUGCAACCAAUCUGGCUGGGCAGAAGCUUGCCGAAGCCAGACUCACUGUAGAGAGUUCUGCCCCAAAGGGUACAAUACCUGAAUUCAUCGAGAAGAUCAGCGGUACUGCCGUGAGAGACGGAGAAUCCGCAAAGUUCACCUGCAAGCUUCGAGGUAUACCGCCCCCUAGCGUUCACUGGUAUUAUCGCAACCAGGAGAUCGUCGGUAGCGAUGAGGUGUAUGAGCUCCACCACCAAGGGGAGACUGCGUCUCUGUGCUUACCGGAGGUCUUACCGGAAGACGAAGGAGAAUACUCUUGUACGAUCAAGAAUGAUAUGGGAGAGACAUCAUGCAGUGCCUUUCUGAAAGUUCAAGCUGCAUCCCCCAAAUCAACGAUGCCAGAAUUCGUCCAGAAGCUUAAAGACAUCCAAGCCAUUGAUGGAAGCCCACUGUCACUGCCUGUCAGAGUCGCAGGUUCACCUGACCCUGACGUCCAAUGGUUCUUUAACAAGGAGCAAAUAAAAGAAGAUAAUGAUUUCAAGUUUGUUCGAGAUGGAGAUAGGUUAUCUUUGGUCAUUGCUGAGGUUUAUCCAGAUGACGCUGGUGUCUAUACCUGUAAGAUCUUUAAUUCGGCGGGUUCGGCCGAGUGCUCUUGCAAGGUAUUCGUUCAAGAGAGUGACAUCGAUGGCUGCCCACCAAAGUUCGUUCAAAAGCCCCGUUCCAUCAACAUCGACGAAGGAAGCAGUGUUACCCUUUCUUGCAAGAUCGACGGCGAACCUCUUCCAACUGUCACUUGGAUCAAAGAUGGCCGAUCUAUCGAACCAGGACGAAGAUUUAAGAUGGAGUCUUCGGGUAUCUCCGGCACGACUCGUUCGCUGAAUAUCCCGACAGUUCUAGCUACCGAUGCGGGUAGUUAUACUUGCGUCUUGCAUAAUCAGUAUGGAGGAGAGCAGUGCAGUGUGAACGUGGUGGUUAAACCUCUGGAAGAGGAACAGACCGAUUUCAGGUCCCUUCUCAAAUCAAGACCUCGCCUCCAGAACAUCUCCAACUCACCCAACAACGUGUCGAGCGACAAGAGCGAAGCGGAGCAGGUGGAUUUCCGUCACGUAUUGACACGCCAUGUAAACACCAGAAAGCGUCCCGUCUUCAUCAAACCUAUACAAGAUAUCGAGGUCGUUGAAGGCGAGUCUGUGACUUUCGAAUGCCAUGUCGAUGCCAUCCCCGAGCCGACCAUCAUCUGGACUGCGAAUAAAAAGGAGAUCAAAGAAUCCAAGUACUUCCAGAUGAGCUAUAAAGAUGCGGUAGCAACGCUCCUCAUAGCCGAAGCUUUCGCUGAGGAUGAGGGUGAUUAUACAUGUACUGCAACCAAUGGAGUCGGAACAGUAUCUUGUACCGCAGAACUGACUGUCCAAGAUGAAGAGAAUGUGAACGGGCAGGGAUUAUCUAUAGAGGAACCAGUUAUUACUUUACCUCGACCAAACGACACUCCCCGCUGCGUUAUCGAGAGUGACUGCACUCACGACAAGGUAGCGUCAACCUUCAACGUCAGGCUAUCCAAGGUAGUCAACGGAACACCGCCCUCACCGCCAGCCCCAAUACAACACAACACGAACACAAACAAUAACAAGGAGAUGAUCUCACCCCCCUCUGAAGUGCAAGAGAUAUCUCUAUCAUCAUUCAACAAAACGUCGGUGUCCACCGAGGAAUCCGCUUCAGUGUCCACGCUUGAUAACACCGAAAGUUCCUCGGACUAUCCCGCCCCUGACACUGCUGAUAUCGUGAACGGAGGAGGCUCCACCGCUCCUGUAAUGGAUCCACCUAGCUUCCUGGAGCCGUUGAAGGACACUGCCGUCCUGGAGGAGAGCUCUGCCAUGCUCAAAUGCAAAGUGGUCGGAGAACCUGAACCGGAAAUAUACUGGUACAAAGACGGGGUAGAACUGAAGGAUGGUAGGAAAUAUAAACUGGAUUUUCCUGAUGAUGAGGUGGCAGUGUUGAUUGUGAAGGAAGCAGGACUUGAAGAUGCAGGGGAAUACACAUGCAAGGCUGUCAACUCAGCUGGAACAAAGGAAAGCAGAGCAGAAAUAAUCGUCGAAGCCCCAGCAUGUAUAAAGGAUGCCCCUAAGACUCUUCAGGUCAUGGCAGGUCGUGACCUUUCCGUGACCUGUCACUUCGUAGCCAUUCCCGAGCCCGAUGUUGUGAUGUGGAGUAAGAACCGCAAGACGGUCCAAGAAAACGAUCGUGUUCGGAUUGAUGAUACGGACACGAGUACGACGUUGACGGUGUCGAAGGCGACGCAUGACGACGGUGGUCGUUAUAAUCUGCUGGUCGAAAACGACCUCGGUUCCGAUAACGCUGCCAUCUACGUUAGUGUGUUAGACAAACCCGACCCACCAGUCGGCAAGCCCAUCGCAUCAAACAUAAACAGACAGUCAUUGACGCUUUCGUGGACGGGGUCGAGUUACGACGGUGGUAGUAGGAUUACUGGCUAUGUGAUUGAAAUGCGAACCGUCGAUGACGACAAUUGGCAAAAAGCCGAAGUCGUAUCGAACACAUCACACACCAUCGACAACCUCAAACCGGAAACUGAGUAUCUCUUCCGGGUGAGCUCGGAGAAUGAAUAUGGAAUAAGCAAACCAGGCCAAGAAAGCGAUCGUAUACUGACAGUUGUUGAAAAGAAGGAGAAGAAGGAUAUGAGAACAACAGUAACAGAAAAUGAUGUGGAAGAAAUUGAAUUCCGUCACGUGACCAUCAAACCGGAUAGAGAAUUUUCAGAAAAGUACCAGAUCAAAGAUGUCCUCGGAAAAGGGCGUUUCGGAACAGUCCAUAAAUGUAUCGAUAAGGUGACUGGCAAGCCAUACGCAGCCAAGAUGAUUAAAACCAUCAAGAGCGCUGACAAAGACUCGGUUAAGAAUGAGAUUGGGAUCAUGAACAAGCUCCACCAUGCUAAACUCCUGCAAUGUCUAGAUGCUUUCGAGUCGCCUAAACAGAUGAUUAUGGUCCUCGAGAUUGUAAACGGCGGAGAGCUCUUCGAGAGGGUAAUUGAUGACGACUUUGGGUUGACGGAGAGUGACGUCAUCGAAUUCAUGCGUCAGAUAUGCGCAGGAGUACAACACAUGCACUCCACAAAUAUUCUACAUCUAGACCUCAAACCAGAAAAUAUCUUGUGCAUAGACAAAACGGGUAGCCGUAUCAAACUCAUUGACUUUGGACUAGCAAGGGAAUUCAAUCCAGCUCAAAGCACAAAGGUCAUGUUCGGCACACCGGAGUUCGUAGCCCCGGAAGUAAUCAACUAUGAUGCCAUAGGUUUCACUACCGAUAUGUGGAGCGUUGGUGUCAUCUGCUAUAUCUUAUUAAGUGGAUUAUCACCGUUUAUGGGUGAUAACGAUGCCGAGACAUUGAAUAACGUCACUCUAGCUGAAUGGGACUUUGAGGAUGAAGCUUUUGAUACUAUAUCAGAAGAUGCGAAGACAUUCAUUGAAGGUCUCCUGAUCCAGAGAAAAGAAGAGAGAAUGACGGCAGCCGAGUGCUUACAACAUAAAUGGCUUGUCACAGACUCUAAGGAACUGAAAUGCAACAAGAUUAGUACGACAAAACUCAAGAACUUUGUAGCAAGAAGAAGAUGGCAGUCUGAUUCAAGUGAAUCUAAUCAAGAAUCUACGAACGAAGACUCAUCUGACGAAACAAAAACCGCGACCGCAGUCCGAGCAAUCGGCAGAAUGGCAUCUUUGUCACUGUUCGGUAGCAGCAAGAAAUCUGGUGAGAAUAGCAACAACCUGCGAAGCCAAUCAUCACCCUCAUCGAAAGACAAAUCGCCAUCGACACCGACAACGCCAUCAAGGAUCACGGAAGAUGAGGACAAAGCGAUAAACAAUAAUGCCCAGAUAGAGAAGCGGUCUGGGUCAAUGCACAAAGACGAGUCGAAAGAAAUGGUCGCUGAAGCUGUCGUUAGUAAAGUCCAGGAAAAGGAGCAUCAUUCUAAAAUGACAGACAAUGAUGUGAAAUCGAAUGAGCGACAAAAUGGCGACGACGAGAGCGACGAUGAAUCGGAGGAGGACGUAGAAGAUGACAUCGACGGUCCAGGCAAGAAAGAUUUAAAUCAGAACAUUCCAGGCGCACCUCAUUUUAUCAAGGAAAUGGUGGACUGUGAGGUCUUCGAAGGGGACAGCGCCCGCUUUGAUUGCCAGGUAGCAGGCGACCCGGAGCCUGACAUCAAAUGGUUACAAGACGGUGAGGAGAUUGAGGAGAGCUCGAGAUUUAUCUUUGACUACGACGAUGAUGGCAUGUGCUCCCUUAUUAUUAGGAGGAUCCAAGAAGAUGACGAGGGCGAAUAUUGUAUAAAGGCGACCAAUUCUAAAGGCGAGGCAUCGUGCAUUGCAGACUUACUUGUCGAAGGAUUUUAAUUACUUCCUAUUGGAAUUUAUUACUUGCGAUGCUGACAUGUUUACAUGAAAUGAUUAUUAGAUAGAUAUUUACGUUGUAUAGAUCAUAAUCUCUGUUGUUAAUUGUGUUAGGUUUUAGAUAUUUUUACAAAUACAUACUUAUGAAAUUUGAAUUUGAAGAAAACUGCCAUUUAGCCUUCAGACGGUGUCUUGGCAAAGUGACCUUAUGGAAAAGAGUUAACUUGGUUAUAUAUGAUCCCACCUGAUUUUGUUGUAUUAAAAUGAUUAUGAAACCACCGUGAAAAUAGAGUUUUUAUUCAAAGUUUCUUCUUAUCAGUGAUUUAUUUUAAAAUAUGAAUAGUUUAAUUACCGAAAAUUGAAAACAAAUGCAACAUAGAAAUAUGUUUCAUAUUUGCUGCACACCUAGAUUGUAUUUCCUCCGUAUGUAAACCUUUUAUGUAUACAUUUGUAUUUUUUUAACAAUUCAAAAGGAUCAUUUUCAAGAUUUGCACAAUCAUGGUAAUUCUAAAAAAAACAUUGCAAAAAAGAACAAGAUAAAAUUGAAACAAAUAAGUUCUUAUGUGAACAUUUCACUCAAAUUUAAAUUGGUUUUUUUUUCAGAAGAAAUGAAAAUUGAAUUGUGAGUGUGGUGAGUAUAGAUCAUUGAAUGAGAACGAUGUAAAGGUUUGAUAAUAUAGUGAUAAAGUUUGAAUAAUGUAGAUACAUAUAUUUUCCAUAUGGAUUCAUAGUAAUGUAUUCAGGAAAUGAUAUCACCGUUCCGACCUGCCAAACUGUAAGGAGGAUUUGAUCUUUAAAGAGAAAAAUAAUUAUGUAGAAUAAUGUACAGAUCACAAGUGAAAUGUUAACGCAUUUUAUAUGCGUAAACAUGAUGUAGAGUACAUGUAUAUAGACUUUAAUAAUAGCAUAUAUUAAACGAUAUUUUGAUUCGUAAUGUUUUAUCUAAUCUAUCGAUGUAAGUGAAAUUUCAGUGACAUAAAGCUUUAUAUAUUUGUAAAGAUAUUUUAUGAACGGUUUAUAUUCAUGUUCGUUCCUAGUGACGUAAUACCCCCUCUGUUCCUUCCCCUUUUUCUUCCCACCCUUCCCUCCCUUCUUCCCUUUCUCUUCAUCUUGUAUUUAUACACCCCCCCCCCCCUCCCCUCUUUCUUCCCUGUCAAUCUACAUUUUUAUCAAGGAGGAUUGUCGGUUGCAUUAUGUCGGGAUUAUGACGCUAACUUAAUAUGCCUAAUCCGACACUAAAAGGCUUUUUAUCAAUCUACAAAGUUUUGUUUAUGUCACGAUUUGAGAUUUUAACACUGUCAUAUUCAAUCUGAUAUAUUCCUUUCAGUUCUGAUUUUGCCGCUAGAUGAGACCGGGUUCGGUGCCACAUUUAGCUAAAUAAAAGAGUUUGGAUCAAACAUUAUGUUUUUCUUGUGAUAAAGGAAUAUGGAGAGAAAAGAUAUGUACUAAGAACGAAAUGUUGAAAUGUAUCGAUAAGAGAAUGCCUGAUCAAAGGGCUCUAUGAAAUACAUACUUUUUCAUUGUGAAAAGGGAAAGCAUGAAAUAAGCCUCCCUAUCCAUUUUUAAUGAUAAUUCGUGUAUCCAUAUAAGAAUCACAAGCCAUAAUUAUUAUCAUUGUAUGUUUGUUUUUAAUGUCCAGUCACAAGAUGGUAUUUUAUUAUAUGUAUUUAUGAUUUGUAGAUUUUUUUUUUUAGAUUUCAGUUCAGAACUUUUUUAAAGCACAAUGAAAUGUGACUCACACGUCGACUUCAGCAUUCUUUUCGUUCCAUUCCUAAAACGGCAUGACCAAAUCAUUAUUCAUUCCUUAAUUAUAGGACCCUUCCGUUGUGACAAAAAAAUAUUCCAGAUUUACAAAGACGGUGUGUGUAAGUGUGUAUAUAGUUUAUUGUCAUUUUGACGAAUAUAGACUUCAUUUUGUUCAAGGUGAUGUUUGAUAAUAUUAGAAUUUCCGUUUGUGAUAAUGAUGUAAUUAUAACAUUUGCUUCGUUUCCAUGACAUUAUGAAGCGAAAUAUUGUAUCAAGUCUAAACUUAAACACAAUCGAACCUUACAUUAUUCAGUUGCAACCAUUGAUAUCAGUGUCAAUUUCGCUCUUCCAAAGGAUCACAUGAUUGUGUAGCUUUAUGUAUUCCUGAUGAUUAUUGUAUAUUUUGUAUAUAAAUUUGCAGAAAUUUGCAAUUGAGCGAUAAUACACCAAUUAAGUUUGAUGUUGUAAUGUUGAAAUUGUGAAGAUAUUAUUGCUUCCAUUAUAUUAUAUGGCAUUGGUAAUAUACAAAUAUACUAUGCAUGUUGUUACAUUUGGCUAUUCACAAUAUUUUUGUCAUUUUAUUCAUAAUGAAUAAUCGUUAUCAUCAUCCUAUAGAAAAUAUGAUUUUGUAUCCUUUUCUGAAAUGUAUUAAAGACACGUAAAACA